AUGUCGGACUCGGACGUGAACCCCAUUCCCGGGGACCCCGUGACACUACCUUUCACGUCGUGUCACGUGUUGAAAAGGUUCUGUGGGAUGCGGAGCGAGAGGCAGUCACCCCAUUUGCCAGAAGUGCGUGCCAUUCUUGAUGACGCCCGGGUCACUCACCUGGCACGGCGUGGGGAAAUUUCACAGAGCGCUUUUCACGCCUUCACUCUCUCUCUCCUUUCUCAGGGUGCUCCAAAGCCGCUGACGACGGUGGUUGGGGUCGCCAGCCACCAGAAAAUCUCGAUCUUGAUAUCGGAGAGCGAUUUGGAUGACGAAAGAACCGAUGCGGUUCCCAGUUUUGAAACACCCCGUGCGAGUCCCCUCACGACGAAAUAUGCCUUGCUCGACGAGAGGGACAUCAGUCUGGUGCAGCACUUCGCGUUCGAGGCCAAGGUGGAGAUCGAUCGGGACGGGAACGGCGCCAAGAUCUUCGCCUACUGCUAUGACAUGAAUCGGGGGCGAGCAUCCGGCCAAUACGUUCACGAACUCUUGUGGGAGAAACACCGGGGCGGGAUAGCUCCGGGGUUCAAGGUGAUUCACAAGAACAAUGUAACAGUGGACAACCGACUGGAGAACCUAGUACUGGUCCCUCUUCACGUUAAACAAUGGUCUGAGGUCGAGAAAGAAGACAGCCAGAGCAACCUGUAUUGGGCGGCCAUUCAGCAACUCCCUGUCGAUCCAGUAGAAGAGGUACUUGCCUUCAGGUUUUUGUCAUUUCUACUUCACUUUUAA